AUGGCAAGCUUCAACCACGCCAACGACACCGCCCGGGACACCGGCUCUCCCCCGGCUGCGGCUGCUACGCCUACGCUCAGAGUUGGACCCCUUCCGCUAGACGCCGGCGAGUUCCGGCGUCAGGGACGUCAAGUUGUGGACUUCAUCGUGGACCACUACGACCGCAUUAACAAGUACCCCGUCCGCCCGGCCGUUGCUCCCGGGUUCCUAGCCCGGCAGCUUCCCGACACCGCGCCGUCGUGGCUGGAGCCCAACACGCUCGCCUCAGCGCUGCGCGAUGUCCAGGACCUCAACCUUCCCGGCGUCACCCACUGGCAGAGCCCCCGUCAUUUCGCGCACUUCGCGGCGAUGGCCAGCAACGUGGGCGCGCUCAGCGAGGCCCUCGCCGCGGGCCUCAACAUCAACCCUUUCACCUGGGUCGCCUCGCCGGCGGCCACCGAGCUUGAGACCGUUGUUACAGAUUGGCUGGGUAAGGCGCUACACCUCCCGGAGGAGCUGCUCUUCUGUGGUGGCGGAGGCGGCACGCUGCUGGGGACGUCGUGCGAUGGGGAUAUCAUGAAUAUUAAAAGAGCAUUUUAG